ACAUAUUUUUUUAAAUAUGUACUUUAAUCUAGUGAUAAAAUUGGCUUUAUCAAGUACAAACUAACCCCUGAUGUGAACUCUGUAAAAAAAUUAUAAUAUUGUCAAUAAAUGUGUUUUGUUCAAGAUUAAGUACAUACUAUAAUAUAUUGCACUUUAUUCUUGAAAUAAAAUUGUUGGCUAUUUUAGUUUGUGUCUUUCUGUAAUUGCAUACUCAGUAAAUAACACAUUGUAGUAGUGACCCUUUUGAUACAGUGUCUGAAUUAAAUUAACAACAUUGAAUUUGCAGUGUUUGAUUACCUACUCAUUUAGCAGGACAGAAAAUAUCUUUUGGGUGUCUUUGCCGGACUUUGUCUGUUUCUUAAUCACCGGUCUCAUACUAACAUGAAUGAUAAUGUUCUCAACUGCCUGUAUUCAGACUGCUGAAAUUAAUAACCAUUAGAAACGUUAGGCGCAAAACACUCGUUUUCUUUGGCAUGCGGUUUGGCUUCUGUACAGUUCAGCAGAUGGCUGAAGGUGCACAAAACAGCAUAGCAUAUGCGCCUGAAUCAAAUCCAUCUACACAUCAUCCAGAAACCACUGUUGAUGAGUAUGAGCGAGCCUUUACUUCACCACCCCCAACAAGAGAAGUAAUGUCCAUUCUGCAACAACGCAGACAGAAAUGCGAGCUUAGACGACUGCUAAAACACACUUAUCCUGAGUUGAAAAAUGUAGACAGUUUGGUUGAGAGGGAGAUGGCUGAUAUUCUCAACAUCGACCCAGUCACAGACACUGGAUACCAGAGUGAGGUCCAAACUCGGUGCUGGAUGUUUGAGAACCAUGAUAUCAAUUCAGUGGAUUUCCACGACCAAAAACCACAGAUGAAAAAGGAGUUUCAAGAGGGAGAAAUCAAGAGAACCGUUUGUAUGUUUGAACAACCUACAGCCAACCUCCUCAACGAAGAGAACAAACCCCAACUCAACGAAUCCGAGGAAGGGACAUCAGAGCAGAGCAUCAGAGUGGAUGUGAAAGCCACACGCAGAAUGUUCGAAGCUCAAUCGAUGGAUAUUCUGAGAGACAGUCAAAGCCCCUGUCCAAGGAAAAAUAUUGUUUCUGAGGAGGAAGGUGGUUCGGUCUGGAAACCAAAGAACAAUUCUGAAACUGAUGGAAAACAAACAUCAAACAUUCACCAUAACAGUGAAACUACUGAUUUCAUAAACACAAACGAGGUCUUUGUAGGUAUAUCUAGAGCAAAACAGGUCUUUGAAACAAUAUUACUUGACAAGGAGAACAUCUCACCCACAAAUGAUAGCUGUAGCCAAGAGGAAGAACUGCUGAAGGCAAAUGUAAAAAAUAGAGCUCAGAUGUUUGAAUCAACUCCACUUGAUAAGAUCAAUCAGCAAACCAAGGAAGAAUCAGAAACCAUCCUUGAGAACAUGCAGGAAACUCUAGUUUCUUUAUGCAACUUCAGUAUCAUGCAUUCUGGUGGAACUAUCCUUGAAGCUAAUGAAACUGGCCAUAUCAAGAAAGCAAGAUAUCACUUCAUACAAGAAGAUACAAAACCAGAAAUUGAUGAGGAGGAGAUAGUGACUGGAAACAUAAAGAGCAUCAUGCUUCAGAUGCUACCAGGAACAAGCCUGAACCCAACUGUGACCUUCCUAAAAGAGGACAGUCAGGGCAAUGUGGAGAUUCAGAAAGUAGAUGUUCCCACUCACCAACUUCCGUUCACUCAAGAUAAAGAGUGCAGGACUGCCAAUGUGGUGCAGAUUACUGAAGAUCUACUCAGUCAAGAGAAAUCCAUGAGGAAAGGCGUCUUAAUACAAGAUGGUACCACAGGAAUGAGAGAGAUAACAGUUUAUGUACUUUUUAUCCACAGUGAAGUAAAGGAGUUGGGUAAAAUUGAGUGUAAAUCCAUUCCCCCAAGUCUAAAGAUUGAACCAGAGUCUGAAACGGGUGAUCUCAAGACAUAUAUUAGUUCAUCUGAAAGUUCUUCAGCAGUAUAUACAAACAAAACUAGCAAUGUGCAGCUAUGCCAGAGCUGCAUUGAGAAAGAAGACCUUGAUCAUCUAAAAAGGCUUCAGGAAACAUCAUCAGAUGUAGAUAUAGGUGCGUCAGAAAAAACAAGUGAGAUUAUACCAGGUAAUGCUACCCAUUUCAAAGCCAUUUUUACUAACAAUAUAGACAAUUUAAGCUUCAAAACACAAUCAGAAGAAAACAAGUCAAAAGUGUCACCAAUAGAAAGUGUUAUAAAUAAUGAAAAUAAUACAGAAAAAUCAAACGAGGCUGAAAUUUGCACCAACAGUGUGGGCACUCCAAGAAUUCUCCAAGAUCAAGAUAUCAUGGAUGAUGGAGUAGUUCAAGCAGAACUUGUUGAUGUUGUGGAAGAUGAGUUAGUGAAUCUGCAAACAGCAAUUAUGAAUCUUCAUCAAGCCACAAUGGAGGCGAAAGCUCUUCAGCAGAGUGUACAAGCACUUGCUUCCCAGACCAACCAGACCCAACAAAUCUGUGACCUCGGUUCAGUAAACCAUGAGUUUACGCAUGUGAAAAACAAUAAUAAUGUAAGUGUGAAAGAAGAGCUCUCACAGUUCUACGAAACUCAAACGGAAGAAGAGAGUAAGGAGGACGCUACGAGGGGCAGCAUACAGGCAGCUCUUGAUUCCUUGGGAAAGUCCAACUUUAAUGUCUCAAAGGGGGAUUAUAGAGCUGCAAUGAUUUAUAGAAACUCUGCUAAAGGAUUUACAGGACAUAAACAGACAGAUGUAGAGGAGUCAAGUAAAAGGACUAAAGAAAAUAAGCCAUCAACAUAUUCUCCAGCACCACUAGCUGAACAAGAGACUUUAAAAUCACUUGGUGAGAAAACUGCCACAACCCAGUUUGAAAACAAACAAGUGACUUGUUCUCCCCUUCAUGUCUCCAUAGAAACACGUGUUAAAAAUCGGAAAACUCCUAUUGGACCCAAGCCAGCUAUCCCACCUAAACCAGAUCAUUUAAAAAUAAAGCCAAACCCUCUUGGUACUGAAACUGAUGCAUACCGUCUCAACAAAUGCCAAGUCCCUACUGCUACUUUAAAAUCACUAACUGAGCAGAUUAAAGAACCUUCAAAUCCCAAACUAAGCCCAGACCCAGCGGCUCAUGAAGAUGUACUGCGUACUGAUGCCAAUGAACCUGAACCUAGUGAUACAUCAAUGACCAACGCUGAGAGUCCGGAAAACAAAGAGCUAAAUGACAUACAAGUUGUUGAAGAACCUCCAAAGAGCUCCCCAGAAAGCAUUGUCAGUGAAUCUUCCACAGGAUUUCAUGGCACUCUUCAAAACUUCGGGCUAAAGCAGAGUGGUUCAGAGCCUCCCGUGAAACCUAAAAGAAUCAAAAUGGCUAAAGAAAAUGUGAAAAACACUAUAGACAACCCCAAUAACAACUCCACCAUUUUGGAAACCGAAACGGCACUGGAAAUCAGUCCUUCUCCUCACAACAAUGACUGCUUGGAUAAGACCUGUAAGGUAGAUAGCAACAACCAUGAAGAAAAACAAAAUAAAAGUGAUGAUCAACAAGUCAGUGGAGUGGUUAGACGGAAAAAGAAAAGCAGAGGAGAGACUGAGGAUGAGCGAAGGCAGAGACUCUCAGUGCACAUGGAUGAAAUCAUGAAAGGAAACGUGCCGGCUGUCAUGGAGAUCUUCGACAAGCUGAAAAAACAAGAGGAACUGAAAAACAUACUCUCCAAAGUAGAGGAGAUCGAAGAAGACACCAACAAAGUAGACGUGAGCUCGCUUAGAAACAUUUUCGAGAGCGUACCGGAUUGGGUUGUGCCUCGGGCGAAAAAGAUCAAACCGAAAAUAGUCAAGUCGGAACAUUUAGGAGCGCCAAGUGAACCUGAGGUGAUGACAUCCAUGGAGGUUGCUUUUGGGGACCUCGAGAAAGCAGGUGCUGACAUCAUCCGUUUAAAAGACCAAACGCUUGCGAGACUCAUGGAUAUAGAGGAGGCCAUUAAAAAGGCCCUUUACUCAGUCUCGACUCUGAAAUCUGACUCUGACAUUGUAGGACUCUCUGGUCUCCUCAGGGAGUCAAUGGUGGCUGUACAAGGCUCACCUCCACCAGGUAAUAUCAGGAAAAUCAGUAUUGGGUCGAGCAAAUCUCCAAAAGCUCAAAACAAGAUGGGAAGGAGUGUUUCUGGACAGUCAACGGCACAGCAAAAGCCAGAGCUUUUUAUUCCCACAACCAAACAGAGAUCAACCUCACCAGCGUCUCCUUCGUUUAUUUCCAUUCAGUCAGCAGCGAGGAAGCCUACGGAGUCGCCAUCGUCUCAGAUCAGUCCCCUGAAAGCAGAACCGAAAGAAGAGGCCAAGCCCCAGUGCUGCUGUAGUGUGCCUUCAGACCGCAGGCAAUGUUCUGUCCCAAAGGGGGAUUCCUCCAGCCCCCCAAAUCCACAACGGCAGGUCAGUGUGCUGGAAGUGCAAACGAUGCCUGAGGUAGAGAAGGUAAUCGGAACAGAAACCAUCAAAGAGAACUACGAGAGGACGGACUGCUUCGGCAACAAGUUCUACUCCUCGAAAACCUCCACGGUUGUGACAACCCAACCGGAAACAAAGACAACUUCUAGAAAGCUUAUUACGAGCAGUCCAGCCACAUCUGAAAUGGUCACAUACCCAAGAAUCAACACACCUUUUAUUAGAGAGGACCAUCCCCCACUGUAAAUGUGGCAAAUUUAUUUCAGUUUUGGUUGUUACAUAAAUGAAAGAUCUAAUAAUGUAACAGCAAAUGCAUUUAAAUGUACUGUUUUGCUUGGUUACUGUAUCUUUCGUGGUUAUGUCAGUAUUGACCAUUGUUAUUAUUUCAGUUUUGUGUGAAUUAAUAUUUUUUUUAACUAAUAUUUCCUUAGUAUGUUGCAGUCAUGCAUGUUCUGAUAUUUCUGUAAAUACAAUAUCAUUUGAAUUUCUGCCAUAUUUCUCAAUAAAAGUAAUAG